UGGCAGCAGCAAAUAUUUUUGCCACGUUGACAAAAAUUUGUUCCCGCUAGCAAAAUUGUAUAAUAUAUUUGUUGAAUAAUAUCAAAAUAUUGGAUUUUAAAAUUUGUAGAAAUAUAAAAGACUGUUUUGAUUUUUUCACACGUUGAAUUUUGCAGACGUCAAGAAAAUUACAUAAUAUAACUGUUGUAUAAUAUUAAAUGAAAAUUUUGUUUUUUCACUUAUAAAAGAAUGUUUUGAUUUAUUUUCCAUCGCAUUUAACAUAUAGACAAUUUAAAUUGUUAAUAUUUUGGAUAAAGAAGUUAAAAGUAAAACUGAAAAAAUAGAAGAUUAAAUGACUUCGCGUUGAGAGAAGAAAUUUUAUAAAACUUUUAAGUUUCAUUUGUAACAAAAAAUGAAUAAGAAUUGAAAAUAUAUUAAUUAACCCUAACCCUAGCGUAUAUUGUAAAAACUAUUAUUAUUAUUUAUUAAAACAAUCCAUACUCAAACAUUAAUUAAACCUUAUCCAUCUACCACUCUUAUCCCAACCAUAUAUCACGGAAUUAAUUACCCCUAAUUCAUUCCCUAAUUAGACUAUUGUUUUUAUUUCUCAUCCGGGUAUUUAAUUCCUCAAAAUAUUUGCAAAAUGCCACCCAUCAACACCAUGUUUAUAUUCAUCAUCAUUUGUUUCACAAUGUCAGCUGUUUCAUGCUCGCAUGAAUUGAGAGAUGUAUGCACAGUGGAGGGGGAUACUCUCCAUUGCAGAUGGACUGGAGCAGGGCUCUACAACACCAGAAUCCGACUAGAUGUAAAGAAAGUCGUAUUCGAAAGAUUUUUUGUUGCCGGACAAUUGGACCUUGCAAAUAAUAGAGACCUGCAUUCAAUUGAGAUCAAACAAGGAAAUUCUAAAUGCAGCAAUGUUUUAGCAGCACCAGAAACAAUAACAAUUGUUAAUGGUAUACAUUGUGAUAAUGGAGUCAUAGCUUCUACAACAACAACAGCAGCAACAAGAGUAACACCAGGAUCCACAUUGUCAAUCGGCACCACUGAUAAACAACUGAAGUCAACACCACAUGCACAGGAGGAAGACAAGGGUCUAGAUAAUAUUAAGAUCAUUCUUAUAAUGAUUUUUGAAUAUAUCCUCAUCGCAAUUUAUGAAAGGCUUCAAGAAAUUAUAAAUUAUUUUUUUCCACCACGUGAAAAUAACAGACGAGUAGCCCCAGCACAACAACAACCACCAAGAAUAUUGAGAAGAUCAAACAGGAUAUCUAUUCGGCCACAGAGACUAACCUAUGAUUAAUUUUCUAAACUUUUAAAUUUUAUGAAAUUUUUUAAAUUUUUUUUCUAAAUUUUAUAUUUUUUUUAUUUUUUUUUUUCUAAAUUUUAUAAUCUUUUUUCUAAAUUUUAUAAACUUAUUUAUACACUGUUAUCUAAAUUUUAAUAAUCACUGAUGAGGAUGUAUUCUACAAAUCUACUUAUAUUAUGAAAAAUUAUAUCACCAAAACUUUUCAAUUUUCUUUCAUUUGAUUUAUUUGGAUUAGUUACACUUUAUUUUAAUUAAAGAAAAGAUUUUGAUUAUACUCGCAUUUCUCUACUCUCAUUUUAUUAUAUUGUAAAUAGUAGUAUAC